GAAUUUUCCGUUAAUCUUGUGGAAAAAGAAGACGUAAAAUUAUUAAUCAGAACAGAUCAAAUCCUUAAAGAAGAAGAGUUAUCAAAUUCGUUAUGGCAACUAUUCGAUCAUAUUUACAGUGGUCCAUAGUCGUAAUUAAUACGUUUUGUGUUAUCCUCGGAAUUUUAGGUGUGGUUGAGAGUGCGCUUGAGCUACAAAAAUAUAAUUAUGGAUCGUUAGAUUACACGGAAAAAGUUGUACAAAUCGUUAUGGGAGUGGCACUCGUUGUCUCAGCUUUCAUUGGUUGCGGUGGUGCACUUAAUGGCUCCCUAAAGUUGUUAUCUCUGUACAUUUUCGUUCUGCUAAUGCUAAUGAUCGGUCACGUUUGGAAAUUGUGGCGUUAUGAUGAAUCCAGAAUUCGUAACUCUGUUGAAGUAAUGAUAACGUAUACGUGGAUUGAAGAGCUCGUAGAACGGGGUAAAAUGAAUGCUUUGCAGUACAGUUAUCAUUGUUGUGGAAAACGGGGUUAUAGCGAUUACACAGUAUUGAGCCUGAAAAUUCCCGAUAGCUGUUAUCAGGUGGAAAAGAAUAACAAGAAAACCUUCUAUCCGUACGGAGAAGGCUGCCUAUUGGCAGUUUCAAAAGCUUAUUUGGAUAUCUAUCGUGCGGAAAAAUGGUUUCACGUCUCACUAAUUGGCGUCGAAUUUUUCGGAAUAGUAUUAACCGUUGCGCUGAUUUGCAAUUUGACUGCGGACACAUUACGCUACAGUUAUUAA